GCAUUAUAAAGCCCAUUGUUUUUGGUACAUUUUAGCUGCAGAGGGAUACGUACCAUAUCGAGGAUCCCGAUUUAGUACUUGAUUGCAGUUGCAGUGAUAACUUAUUGUACUCUUUCUAAUGGGUAUCCAUUUGAACAGGGUCAUCAAUAAUGUUGGGAUUCUGCUUCGAGUUUUUGUAGUCUUGGUGGUCCUGUUUGGCAUUUCAACUUCAUACGAUCUCCCUUCUACUUUUAUAUUCGGAGAUUCACUUGUUGACGCGGGAAACAAUAAUUACCUUGUUUCCCUCUCAAAGGCUAAUUAUCUACCCAAUGGCAUUGAUUUUGGAAGACCAACGGGAAGGUUCACUAAUGGAAGAACCAUCGUGGACAUCGUUGGUCAGGAAUUGGGUACCGGUUUCACCCCACCUUAUUUGGCACCCUCCACAAUUGGACCGGUAAUUCUGAAGGGUGUAAAUUAUGCCUCUGGUGGAGGUGGAAUUCUCAAUUUCACUGGAAAAGUCUUCGGUGGUCGACUGAACUUUGACGCACAGAUAGAUAGUUUUGCAAAUACCAGGCAAGACAUCAUAUCCAGCAUUGGUGUUCCUGCGGCUCUUAAUCUACUCAAAAGGGCAUUGUUCACCGUCACAAUAGGCUCAAACGAUUUCAUAAAUAACUACCUAGCACCAGCACUCACAUUUUCCGAGCGGAAAUCGGCGUCUCCAGAAAUCUUUGUGACCACCAUGAUGUCAAAACUCAGAGUUCAGCUCACUAGGUUAUUCAACCUGGGAGCUAGAAAAAUUGUUGUGGCAAAUGUGGGGCCCAUUGGGUGUAUACCAAGUCAGAGGGAUGCAAACCCAGGUGCAGGAGAUAGCUGUGUUGCUUUCCCCAAUCAGCUGGCACAGUUAUUUAAUUCCCAGCUAAAGGGCCUCAUUACAGAUCUCAACUCAAAUCUGGAGGGUGCAGUAUUUGUUUAUGCAGAUGUCUACCAAAUUUUACAAGAUAUUCUCCAGAGUUAUGUAGCACUUGGUUUUGAUAAUGCAUUUUCUGCUUGCUGUCACGUUGCUGGGCGCUUUGGAGGUCUGAUCCCCUGUGGUCCUACAUCGAGACUUUGCUGGGACCGAUCCAAGUAUGUGUUUUGGGACCCUUACCACCCUUCUGAUGCUGCAAAUGUUAUCAUCGCUAAACGUCUCUUAGAUGGUGGUUCCAAUUAUAUUUGGCCAAAGAACAUUCGCCAACUCUUUCAAUCUUAACCUGUUUCUUCCGGUGACAAUGGAUGCUUGGAGGAGUCAUGACAUUUUCUGAUUGAAAUCACGGGCAAGUAAUAUAUUGAUAAAUGUCCAUAGCAAUUGAAGCGGAGUGGGUUUUUAAUCUGCCAUGUUAUAUGGUACGAAAGGCUUCAGUACAAAUUAAGUUUAUAUAUAUAAUUAGCUUAGUUAUAUAUUUAAAAAUGAAAGAAAAAUUAGGAGUUAACGAAAACUAUGAGUGAGUGUUGGUGUUCAGUUUCAUGACUUGAAAUUUUACAAGAAUGGGAAAUUUGGUUAAUUUGUUUGGGUAGGAUGUCUUUGCUCCUAGGGAAUGGCAAUGUGCCUCAAAGUUGAUAUGCUUAUGAGAUUUGAUGAACUAUUAAGUGCUAUAUCCCAAUACGAUGAAAGAUACAAUGUUACUGAUAUCUCAAGCCACCAUGUUUAUAAGCCAUCCACCCACUUGCUACCCAUUCACGAAUAAUUAUAAUGGAAGAUUCUAACGUUACAUCCGCGA